AUGGCCGCUCCCAUCCCCGUCGCCAGCCUCGGCCGUGAUGCCAAGGUCUCCGAGGCCGUCCGCGAGCGUCUCCUGCCAGACUACGAUGUCGUCCACACCUGCCUCGACCUGGCCGCCGCCGAGGUCGAGCUGCCCGCCCUCUUUGGCGGCAACCUGCAGACGGCCAACGCCGCCGGCCUGGGCAGCAACGCCACCAAGCCCGCCGACCAGCGCGCCGUGCCCCAGCUCGUCCUCUUUGGCGGCGACAUUCCCGACGACGAGGUCAGCCGCAUCACGGCCGCCAUCCGCGUGCAGGCGCCGGCCGUGCGGUCCGUCAAGGUGUCGAAGCUGGACGUGCUCAAGGCGGGCGGCCUGGGACCCAACCCGGACGUGAUUGCCAAGGUGUACCGGAAGAAGAUUGCCAAGGACGAGUAG